CGGUGCCAGGUGCGCGUCUUUGGGAUGAGCAAACCCGCGGUUUUGGGGACACAAAGAGCCGCAAAUCCGCAUCCCAAAGCGGCUGGAAAUGUUGUUUUUUCCCGGCUGGAGCAGAGCGGAGCAGGCUCAGCCCCGUGGCCAUGGCAGCGGGUAUUUAUUGCAGCCUCCGCCCGCCCGCCCGCACUUUGCCCCGAAUAAAGCACAAAAGCGGCCGCAGCCGCCUCCGCUCCCGCCGGGCCCCCAAAUCCCAGCGAUUGGCCCCAAAACCAUGGCAAAGUUUCUGUCCCAGGAUCAAAUUAAUGAGUUCAAGGAAUGCUUUUCCCUGUACGACAAGAAACAAAAAGGGAAGAUCAGAGCGUCGGAGCUGCUGGCGGUGAUGCGGAGCCUGGGAGCGAGCCCCACGCCCGGAGAGGUGCAGAGGCACCUGCAGCUGCACCGGAUCGACAGGAACGCAGAGCUGGACUUCUCCACCUUCCUGAACAUCAUGUACCGGCAGAUGAAGCAGGAGGAGCCCGAGGAGGAGAUCCUGAGAGCCCUGGCCAUGAUUGACCGGCAGAAGCGAGGGGUGAUCGCCGUGGCCGAGCUGCGCGCCAAGCUCACGCGGCUG